CAGAUGAAUGCAAUCAACAACAAUCAAAAUCAUCAUCAUGAUUAACGUAAAUACAUUUUAAUUUCACAUCACAUAAAAAAAAAAUUGCAAUGCACAGUAUUGCCAAAAAUCACAUGUAAUAUUUUAUCUUACUAUGUCUGAUAAAUGAAUGUAAUGUAGAUGAAUGCUAAAAACAACGCACAAAAUGAAAUGCUGUGGUGCGGCUCGUUGACACGCAAUUACGUGGUAAUGCUGCGACAGGAAACGAAUCAGUGAAGGACACGAUGUGGACGGAACUGCCGACAAACACGUGAAAACGUGUAUUCCUGAUCUCUGACUUGUGUGUUAGUGUGCUGAAGCCAUGAAUGUACUGCAGUCCUGAUAGCAGCCAUCAUGACGACAGAGGCUGUGUCCUCAGGGACCCGGGCUCAGAUCCCAGCUCCUGUCCAGAAAGACUACUACUACUGGUUACGCUCUUUCACAGCUGGAGGUGUUGCAGGAUGCUGUGCCAAGUCCACCAUAGCGCCUCUUGACAGAGUGAAAAUUUUACUACAAGCUCAAAAUCCUCAUUACAAACACCUUGGAGUGUUUGCCACACUUAAGGCAGUGCCAAAAAAAGAGGGUUUUCUUGGACUAUAUAAAGGAAAUGGAGCCAUGAUGAUCAGGAUUUUCCCAUAUGGAGCCAUUCAGUUUAUGGCUUUUGAUAACUACAAAAAGUUCCUUAACACACGACUUGGAAUAUCUGGGCAUAUUCAUCGGCUCAUGGCAGGAUCUAUGGCAGGGAUGACUGCAGUUAUUUGCACCUAUCCACUCGAUGUCAUCCGAGCUCGCUUGGCGUUUCAAGUGACAGGAGAGCAUCGCUACACUGGCAUACGAAACGCCUUUCAGACUAUUUACCUUAAGGAAGGAGGAAUUUCUGGAUUCUACCAUGGUCUGACCCCUACAAUAAUUGGCAUGGCUCCAUAUGCAGGCUUUUCUUUUUUUACAUUCGGUACAUUGAAGACUCUGGGACUCUCUCACUUCCCAGAGCUCCUAGGCAAGCCAACUCUUGACAACCCUGAUGUUCUAGUGCUGAAGACUCACGUCAAUCUGAUGUGUGGUGGAGUUGCUGGAGCAAUUGCUCAAACUAUAUCAUAUCCACUAGAUGUUGCCCGGAGGAGAAUGCAGUUAGGUACGUCACUGCCUGAUUUUGACAAAUGUUGCAGCCUCACAAAAACUCUCAAGUAUGUGUACACCCAGUAUGGUGUCAAGAAAGGACUGUAUCGUGGCCUUUCCCUCAACUACAUCCGCUGUAUACCAUCACAAGCCGUUGCCUUCACCACUUAUGAGUUCAUGAAGCAAGUUCUUCACCUAAACUAGAACAAUCAGUGACUAAGCCUUAAAGAAACGAGUUGAAACGACCCCAGGAGACAUCACAGCAGCCCUGUCUGCCAUUCCAGUGACCAGUCAUCUGAAAUCCAGUUCUUACAAAACACCCACACAAACGGCAAACCUGUGGCUUUGCACAGCCCAGCAACAAUCACUAUGGAUACAGAGACAAAAGCUUGCUUUUCCGUUAUGUGUGGAUCAGAAACAACCGACACUGGAAAUCCCAUGGAAACCUGCAUCUGAAACUUGCUUGUAAGAAGCCAUCUCAUUUCAGUUUGAACAAUAUGCCUUAAUCUUUCACUCAUAUAAGCAAAACAUAGGUCGAUUUUACCUAUGUGGACAGUUUCCGUAGGUAUAUCUCAGUGCUUUUAACUAUGACUCAUGGCGUCAUUUUUUUUGUCAAAUAUGGAAGCUGAUUAUUCUUUGCUAAAUUUAAUUCAUAUGUAGCUUUAUAUUUCAGCAAAUCUAAGUCACCUCAAGUCUUAUUGACUGAUAUUUGUCUCUUUUAGUGAUAUUGAUGACUUUCCAAUGCAAUUCAGUAAUAUAGUGAAUGGAAGAGAGUGAACAUAAUGUCUGUGCACUAUUCAGUCAUGUUUGCAUGCCGACGUUACUGUCUCAAGUUUAAUAUCUGAUUGAUGCCUUACAGUGCAGGCAUCAUUUGAAAGCAGUCAAAUUAGAAUUUGUGUGGUGAUGAAUAUAUCACAGCUGAUAUGUAUAUGAAUCUUAAAUUAUUGUUCAAUGAUUUGUGAUGGGAACUACACGAGUCCCUUAAAUAGAAAAAAGACUUGCCUUUCCAUAUGCAAAGGAUCUGUCAAAGACAUGUCAAAUAAUUUUUUUUGCUUCGGUUAUGAAUACUAUAUUGGAGUAGCGCAUGUCAAAUACACUUUCACCAGGCCAGAUUAAAAUUAAUUAUUAUUAUUUUUUUAAAUAUAUAUAAAAUUGAGUUAUUGCCUUGUUUUGUUUUGUAUGGAAAUGUGCUCCCUCAUGGUUGCCUCAUUUUUCCUUCCUGUUGUAAAUUCUUGCUUUUUUGUUGUUGCCAUGUGGUGGCAGUGUUGCAGUGAAUCGAGUCCUUAAAUCUCUUUAAAUUUGACUUUUCGUGUACAUGUUGAUCAUUUAGCUGCAUGUGUUUCCAAAGAUGAAGGGGAACAUUUAUGUGCACAUGAGUACAUUCAACAGCGACUGAUACGGUUUUAUUAUUGAGUGAAUACAUGAGUAGUGAAGGUCAUGAUUCAUUGAUCACAUUUCAGGUUUAUUUGCACUAAAUGACAUCGAGCUGAAUCACUAGAAUGGGAGGUUUGUCUUAAACUUGUCUUUGCUGAUUCUUGAGAACUGUGGAGAAAGUUUGUCUUGCUGCUUUGGAUAAAUCGCCUUUAUUUAUUUGUAUUAUAUUGGCAUAAUGAAUGGAUAUUAUGUCAGAUUGAAAUGGUUAAUAGGCAUUGAACAAAUUAACAAUGAGGAUGCCUGUUUUGUACAUGUGAUUAUUAAUUUGUAUGUAUGCGUAGAUGAUCAUUAAAGAAAUGUAAACGUUAAACCAAUAUCUUUGGGAGUAAAAAUAAAGGCUUUUUUGUUUUGUGCUAGAGUUUA